AUGACGUCAACGAAGCCUUUCGGAAGUGUGCCAUCGGGUGCAAAGCAACAGCCGACGCCGUUCGAGCUUCACAUCAAAGAACAGAAGCUACAGGAUCUCAAGACGCUGUUGAGGCUUAGUCCAGUUGCGAAAGAGACAUACGAGAACCUGCAGGAUGAUGGGAGCCAUGGCAGAUUUGGGGUGAGCCGGAAGUGGGUCGUUGAUGCGAAGAAGUAUUGGGAAGAAGAGUAUGACUGGCGCAUGACUGAAGCCAGCAUCAAUACCUUCCCUGCCUUCAAGACGAAGGUUACCGAUGAUGAUGGCGGCGAGUUUGACAUCCACUUCACCGCGCUCUUCUCCCAAAACCCCAAGGCGAUUCCCAUCGCCUUCUUCCACGGCUGGCCCGGUUCCUUCCUGGAAUUCCUGCCUCUGAUGAGCCUUCUGCGCGAGAAGUACACACCGGAGACACUUCCCUACCACAUCAUUGUGCCCUCCCUUCCCGGCUUUACCCUAUCCUCUGAUCCUCCACUCAACCGGGACUGGAAGGUCGGCGACACAGCCCGUAUCAUGCACAAAUUACUCCUCACGCUCGGGUUCGGCUCAACCGGCUACCUCGUGCAGGGCGGCGACAUCGGAAGCUUCGUGUCGCGCGUUAUCGCAGCCACAUACCCCGAGUGCAAAGGAAUGCAUCUCAAUUUCAUGCUCAUGACAGGUAUCACAGACAAGGCAUCUCCGGACGACGAGAUCACUGCGCAGGAAAAAGAGGGCCAAAAGCGCUUUCAACAGUUCUUUUCAAAGGGGCAUGCAUAUGCGCAGAUGCAUGGCCUCGUGCUUGCCAGCUCUCCGGUCGCGCAGUUGGCGUGGAUCGGCGAAAAGUUCCUGGCGUGGUGUGAUCCGUCUACCACCGUGUCUUUGCACACAAUCAUUAGCGAUAUCACGUUGUAUUGGCUCACGGGGUGCUUUCCUACGUCGAUAUACACCUACCGCGAGGCGAAAGAGCUGAUGUUCGUAGACAAGCCGGUAGGAUAUUCGUACUUCCCGUACGAAUUGGCGCCUGUGCCAAGGGCCUGGGCUGAGAAAACGGGGAAUAUGGUGUUCUUCAAGAAUCAUGACAUGGGCGGACAUUUUGCGGCGUUGGAGAGGACGGAGGCGCUGUGGGAGGAUGUCGAGGAGUUUGCGAAGAUUGCUUGGAAGUGA